UCACUUCAACAAGUCACAUAGGUUUUGGCAAUAACCAUGCAGUCGGUCGUCGUUCUCGCCCUCCUUGUCGCCUCCGCCCAGGCCUUCCUUUUCGGUCCAGGAGGACUCGGAGGACUUUUCGGUGCCCCAGCUGGAGGAUGUGAUCCAUGCGCUGCUGCCAGAGCCCCAUACUACCCACCACAACAGCCAGCUUACCAACCACAAUACCAACAGCCAGCCUACCAGCCACAUUACCAACAACCAGCUUACCAACCACAACCAUCUGCCUACCAGACCGCUCCAGUCCAACAAGCCUACCAACAGCCAGCUCCAGUCCAAAACUACCAGACUGUGUCCGAGCCAGUUGCCCAAACUUCCGGAGGAGGAGGAGCAUACGCUCAAGCUCCACCACCGCCACCACCAUCUUCUUACGCUUCCGGACCAGCUGCUGGAUACAAGAGAUUCCACUAAAUAUCUCCUGAAUUAUGUUCAAUAUUAAUGAUCUAAUUGCGUACUGCCACUCAGGAUUAUUCCCAUUUUAUUUCUAACGUUUUUUUGUGAUUUAAUUUCUGCUAGUAUUGUUCUAGUUGAAAAUUGAAGUAAUAAUGAUUGUUUUUUCUUAAACAAAGAAUUUUUUGCGUUUUUG